UGGCUAGACCGUAUACUUCCUUCUUGGCGUAAACCCCGGGAUAAAAACUUCUGCUGUGCAUUGUAACCCGUAGUAAUGUUACGUCAUUGGUACGUCAGGGACGUGUAUCUCUUGUAACAGAACGUACUUUGGAACGAGAAUUAUCUAACAUCUAUUUUAACCGGCAUUGCUUCCGUGGCAGAGGUAAAGUGUAUAUAAAGCCUGAUUUUAAUCCAUAUCAGCAUUCAGUUCUACAGAGCCGAAUAGUCCGAUCCAAGCCAGUCGCCAUGCACUCCCUCCAGGUCCUCCUUUGUGUGUUCUGUGUCGCCGUGGGUUUUCAGGCAGCCCAAGCAGCUCUGGGUGGAGGGACAUGCACCAUUCCUGCCGUAGGUGCCGGUCCUGGAGCCAGCACUGUGUGUACAGCUGCCGCCAAUGGCUUCUGUCUCAUAGACCAUUUGACGAUCACAGGAGCCGUCACAGGCGUAACUUACGAUAGCGUGUGUGUCUGCUACACUGGCUACAGCGGACCGCAAUGCGCAACCGCUACCCCCACUUCUACUACCACCACCACCACAUCCAACAACAACGCCAUCACUGCCCUGGUACUCGGGGGUCUGGGCGCCUAUCUGCUGUCCCAGGGUGGACAAGGAGGAUAUGGAGCUGAAACAGAUGCACAGGCCGCCCAAGAAGCCCUCUAUCUGCAACAGGCUGGAUUUGGAGUCGGCAAAUAAGCUUAUAAUAAUUAAAAUUAAGAUGACCGAUAUUCGUUCACUGUUAAUACUACUCUAUUAGGUCUAUCAUCUGAGAAAGAUCAAGAAAAAAAGGAACAACUCUGUUGACUACUUUAUAAUAACAAAAGGGAUUGUAUAAAAUUAAUUUUUCUGUUGUUAUUGGAAUUUACAAAUGUUGAUCCUCAAGCAAUAUACUCUAAAGUAUGUUAUUAUAAUAAAGUUAUUACAUCCAUUAA